CAGUUCCCCUGCUUAGCCAUUUCGGCCUAUCCGGUCGUGUCUUCACGUCCUCCUACCAGAUUUGUAGAACCAGCCUCCGCACCUUUCGUUUUCGUGACAGCAGAUUUCCAUGGAGGACUACGAGAAGCUUGAGAAAGUAGGCGAAGGUACCUAUGGCAAGGUCUACAAGGCGAAAUGCAAGAAGACUGGCAAGACAGUAGCUUUGAAGAAGACUCGCCUGGAGAUGGAGGAAGAAGGCGUCCCGUCGACAACCCUUCGUGAAGUUUCUCUUUUGCAAAUGCUUUCGAAGAGCGUACAUGUCGUACGAUUACUCAAUGUCGAGCACAUCACCGAGUACAACAAGCCCAUGCUGUACCUGGUUUUCGAGUACCUGGACACCGAUCUCAAGAAGUACAUGGAUGCGAAUGGAAAGGGCCCAAGCCACCCGUUGGACCCUAAGAUUGUGCAGAACUUUAUGUAUCAACUCCUCAUAGGGGUUGCGCACUGCCACAGCCAUGGAGUUAUGCACAGAGACCUUAAGCCGCAGAAUCUUCUCGUCGACAAAGAACGGAGGUUGGUGAAAAUCGCUGAUCUCGGAUUGGGCCGCGCAUUCACCGUUCCUAUCAAGAGCUACACACACGAGAUUGUAACUCUCUGGUACCGAGCUCCAGAGGUACUUCUUGGCGCAACCCACUAUUCAACUCCCGUGGAUAUGUGGUCGGUUGGCUGCAUAUUUGCGGAGAUGGCGCACAAGGUGCCGCUCUUCCCAGGCGAUUCAGAGUUGCAACAGCUGCUUCACAUCUUCAAGAUGCUUGGAACGCCCAACGAGAACAUCUGGCCUGGCGUCUCCAAUCACCGAGACUGGCACGAGUUCCCCCAGUGGAGUGCGCAGAACCUUGCUCGAUUUGUGCCAGAGUUGGACGAGAGCGGAGUUGAUCUUUUGAAGCAAUGCUUGGAAUAUGAUCCGGCCAAAAGGAUCACAGCGAAGGACGCUCUUCAGCAUCGUUACUUCGACAACCUUGACAAGUCGCAGUUUGAUGCAUUCUUCUGAUUCCGCCACGUCUAGUGACCCACGUGCAUGACAGACGUAGAUAACCUCCUCAUUCAUUCCUGUGUAAAUCAACAUGGUGCGGGCGGGAUAGGCAUCUAGCACGUUUUGCCAGCGUGUGUUUCCAUAUUAUUACUGGUCAGUCAGUGUCUGACCUUGUCUUUAACCUUUGGUUGACUUUCUUUAAUCUAGGCAGUCUUCCUACCUU